ACAACACAUCCAGCAGCAACAUCUGCAGCAGCAACAAAUGCAGCAGCAACAAAUACAGCAGCAGCAAAUACAGCAGCAACAGCAACAAGAGCAGCAGGAACAGUUUCAGAAACAGGUGCAAAUGUUGCAGCAAACGAAAGCCAAAUCCAAGUUCAGUGCUGCUCAGGAGGGCGGCGGCAUGCUGCUGCAGCAGGCGGCACAGGCACCUGCACACAACCAGUCUGAUGCAUCACAAGCACAACCACCACCUUCUAAGGCCUCCUCAGGGACCAUAAGUGGAAUGCUAGCAGACUUCAGCAGGGCUCUUGGUUUGGGUGGAACAUCACCACGCCCAUCACCUUCUGACGACAAGCCGAGUACCAACAGCCAAGGACUCCAGCAGCCUACAAUGCAGUACCCACAAGCUACACAGCAGAAGAUGAACACAGCUCAGUUACAAGACCAGCUGCAACCCAUGGCACAGAUGCAGCAGCAGAGGAUACAGCAGAUGCAGUCACAGCAACAGCAGCAGCAGUUGCAGCAACAACAGCAGCAGCAGCAACAGAUGCAACAGCAGCAGAUGCAACAGAUGCAGCAGCAGCAACUCCAGCAGCAGCAGCUUCAACAGCAGCAACAACAUCAACUGUUCCGACAGCAGCAGCAGAUGUUGGGAGAGUUUGGAGAGAUAUCAGGUGCACUGUUCCCACAGCACCUGACACCACAGCAGCAGCAGAUGUACCAGCAGCACAUGCAGCUGCAGCACCAGGCACAGCACCUCAAGAAGAUUCGUCGCUCACUGCCACACUCUGCAGAUCAGCAGCAGCAGCAGCUGCAGCAGAUACGCCAGCAGACGUUACAUCGAAAGGAUCUGAAUCAGUCACAGAUUUUAGUUGGUUCGCAGUCGGUGCUAGCGGGUUCGCUAGCCAGCAGUCAACCUGUGAUUGGCAGCAUGCCUCAAAUCCAGACCCAACCCACUGGUCGGUUUGCCAUGGGGGCACACCUUGUCUCAAGUCAACAGGCAACACGCAGUCUUCAUGCAGCCACUGUGACACCAAUGGGGACGCCUCAAAGCACACCUGUUGGCACUCCACGGGGCCCAAGGGAUGGUGGUGGUGAUUCUUCAGAUACAAUGAGUGAAACAGAUUCUCAGAAAUCAUUGAGAAUGAGACGCAAAUUACCACCUAUACCAGCUGAUCAAGAAGCAGCACCUCUUCCAUCAACUAAGAAACGGGAACGUAGUAAAUCACAGACAUUACAGGAUCGCUUUAGGUCCUUUUCACCCUUGCGACAGACUUCUCUUGAUGGACUGCUACCAAGGACAUCAAAUCUGAUGUUAGCCAGACCAAGUGCUAGCGAAACUAACCUUCGAAAAAUUGCUCUUGGGGUUGAUCCUAUCCCACGACCUGGAUCAGCACUGGGUUUAUUGCAAGCUUCAAGUGUUGUGAGCAGCUCAGGAAUGAGGCCAAUCACAACGGGUAUUGGUACAACAGAUCUGACAAGUACAACAGCAACAUACUCAUCACCACUGGCUGACUUAGCAUCAUGUUUGCCUCCAGACUUGAGACACUUACUUGGAAAUUCAACAUAUUCUGAUUCUGGAAAUUAUGGAAAGCAGCUGCCAAGCUAUAUGCGAAGCCUUAAAGAGCAACUGAGAGAUGAAAUUAAAUUUGCUGCUGCUGAGCGCAGGAGACUGCUGACCACUCCUGAUAAGGAUCGGGAUACAAGGCUCCGAGAAAAAUUUGAACCAUUGAAAAGGUUGGAUAUCCAGAGGAAGAUUGCCUCCCCCAUAAUGGGACGCUCCCGGAAGAUACGGGGUCAUCGUAGGCAGCUCUCUGACCCUAAAAUACACCCGCCAUUUUCUCCCAUCAAGGAAGACGGAGACCUGGAGAGUGAUUACGACAGGGGAUACCUUGGCUACUUACAUCCAAGUCUGAAGCCUCCAUACAAAGCUUAUGAGUAUGAGUCUAUUGACGACACUGGGAGACGAUCCGAGUGGGACCCAUCCCAGUCCUACCUGGCGUCUUCAUAUGCUGCGGCCGGCGGAGCCCUCAGGGAAACUGCCAUCAACAGCGUUCUGGACGAGGACCGCUACAUCACCAACUCUAGGUACAGCCUGCGGCGGUCGAGCGACGGGCUGGAUGUGCGCCGCCGCCACGACAGCCGCAAACACCGCAAGCCGCGCUCGUGGCACCCUUCGCCCUACGGCAGUGACGACGAUGACGACCAGCUGACGCGCGAAGAGAAGAAGGCCAAGAUCAAAGCGGAGAUAGCGCGCCGCCGGCAGCAAAUUGAAGAGAACGCGCGCCUCCACGAAGAACUGUUGCGCUUGGCACGCCUCCGCGAAAGUGCCGAGCUGGGGUUCACGCCGCACUCGGGGCCGGAAGCCGGCCGCGGCGGCUACGGAACUUCGAGUGUGCUCAAGUCCAUAGACGAACUGCUGCUGUCCGGCCGUGGGCUGCAUUUCGACUACCGAGCACACUCUCCCCGGCGCACGGAAGAGGACCGCUCCAUGGAUCGGAUAGCGUCCACCUUCCGCACUGACGACUACACGUCCGGCGUGUACGAGCGCCUGUCCGACUUCUCGCCGUUGACGGACUUCACCCCGCAUGCAAUGCCUCUCCUCCCGGACAUGCCCACUCGGUCACGUAAGCUGCUGGAGGACUUAGGCAGUUCUCCCAUCACCGAGUCCGUGCUCGCGCUGCCACAGAAAGAAAAGCCACAACAUCCUGAGGAAACACAUGUAAAUGCACAAGUCCAUAUGCAUAAAGAAAGGAGCAGAACUGGUUCAAGAACAGUACAGGAUACUAAAGUAUCACAACCCCAAAGUCUUUCUGUAAGUCGUGAGCUUCCAGUCAAACGCUUUCUCUUGACUCGGGACCCAAAAGACAGAUCAGUUGGAGGUAAUGGUCUUGGUAUGAGAAUUGUGGGUGGGAAGGAAAUACCUCAUACAGGUGGUGAACUUGGUGCUUUUGUGUCCAGAAUUUAUCCUGGGGGAGUUGUGGAUUACCUAGGCACAAUUAAAGAAGGUGAUCAAAUACUUGAAUGGAAUGGUGUUCCAUUGACAGGCAAAACUUUUGAAGAAGUGCAAAGACUCAUUUCACAUACAGAAGGUGAGAUUGAAAUUGUGGUGAAAAGCAACAUUUGACUCAAGAUGUAAAUGGAAUGAAUUCUGGAAAAUGCUAAUUCUUGAUGACACUCCAGCCUUCACCUUGCAACUCAUCCAAAUUAUUCUUAGCCAGCAUGGCUGAAUUACCUGUAUCUUUUUACUUGAUAAAGUUAUCAUGAAUGUGAUGUAACACUUUUGAAUGUGGUUCACAGCCAUUUAGAUUCCCUUACUGAAAUAUGACGGGUUUGUGAGAUAAAUUCAAUUAAUGUGUUCUUCCAGUGAUAAAAAGUACUUAGAGGCACAUGUCACUGUGGAUGAUUAUAUCAUAUCUGGCAUAUCACCUAAGAUUUAUCAUGUAUUACAAAAUAUGCAUUGACUCCCUAAAAGUACAAACUGAAUAUUUUUGCAGUUCUUACUUUAAUAACU